AACAUGUUUAGGACCACAAGAUUAAAGAGUAUUUUGGUAUAUUUAAUACAACUUUAAUUUAAGGCCACAAGAUUUAAAUCUUCUUUAUUUUCGUAAAUUUUGUGUCAAAUUAAAGUAGGUCAUUUUUCUUUAAACGGAGGAAGUAAUUUUUUUUAAAAGGAAAAACUUGAACACUUCCCAAUUGUUUAGGUACCAUGUCAAAAGUACCAUUUACUUCCUUCGUUUAAAAAAGAAUGACCUAUUUUGAUUUGGUAAAAAAUUUAAGAAAAUAAAGAAGAGUUUUGAAUCUUGUGGCCUUAUAUUAAAGUUAUGUCAAAUGUAUCAAAAUAUCCUUUAAUCUUGUAAUUUUAAAUAUGUCAUGUAGAAAAUUGAAAUUAAAAUAUUAUAAAAAAAAAUUAUUUUUUUUAAACGAAUUAAAAGAAGGUAGGUCAUUGUUUUUAAAGAAUGGAGUGUUAUUUAAGGACAACCUCUCAAAGAGAGAUGAUUGACAUAAAAUGAUUUUAAGAAAACUAAAAUUAUCAAACCUAGUCUAUUACAUCCUCAGCUACCCAAAAAAAGAUCUUGGUUACUGUACUAACCUAUGCCACAUCAAAGACAACUACAACAUUAAUUUAGACACCUUACCUCAGUUACAUCAAAAUGGUCUUUUACAUGACCAAUUUAGCCUCAAUCAAAUCAUCUCCACGUGUGCAAAAUUGGGUUCUUUUUCAGUUGGAAUUCAAACCCAUUGUCAAAUUAUCAAAAUGGGGUUUGAUUCAAAUGUAUUUAUAAACACUUCUCUUAUUGAUAUGUAUGGAAAAUGUGGUAGUGUAAUAUUAGCAGAGCAAGUGUUCGAUGAAAUGCCCGAAAGAAAUGUUGUAUCACGGAAUGCUUUGAUUUCUUGUUAUUUGGACACCCAUUACGCUGAAAAGGCAAUUUAUUUGUUUCUUGAAAUGCUAAGAGAGGGGAUUGGGCCGACCCCAGCGAGCGUUUCGGCUGCAUUGGUUGGUUGUACUCAGUUAGAAGCAUGUGGAGUUGGUGCUCAGUUGCAUGGUUUUUGCUGGAAAGUUGGUUUUUCUUUGAAUAUUGUUGUAGGGACUGUUUUGAUUGAUAUGUAUUCGAAAUGUCUUGAUCUUGAGAAUUCGAGGAGAGUUUUCGAUCGAAUGUAUGAAAGGAAUGUUAUUACUUGGACCUCAAUGAUUACUGGUUAUGCACAAAAUCGAUGCCCUUUUCAAGGUUUGGUUUUAUUCAAGGAAAUGUUGAAGUUGGGAGUUAGAGCUAAUUGUGUUACGUAUACGAGUUUGUUGAGCUCGUUCUCUUGUUCAGAUUACUUGAGUAGUUGUGAGCAGGUGCACAGUCAUGUAAUACAGCAAUGUUUUAAGACCAACCAUUACUUGGUUGUAUCGCUGUUGUCUGCUUACUCGGAGUGUGGUUGUAGCUUAAUGGAUUUCCAUAAGUUGUGCUCUGACAUUGUGAAAUGGGAUGAAAUAUCGUGGAAUGCAGUUAUUUCCGGUUUCUCUAAUUUAGGAGUUGGCGGAGAAGCGUUCUCCUGCUUUUCAAGAAUGAGGGGGGCUGGUUUUACUGUUGAUCACUAUACUUUUGCGAGCAUUUUGAAAGCAAUAGGGAGCAUUUCAGGCCUGGAGGAGGGAAUACUGAUCCAUUGCCUAGUGUUGAAAACAGGAUGUUCUUCCGAAGUUGUCAUACAAAACGGGCUUCUUUCCAUGUAUACGAGAUGUGGAAGACUUGACGAGGCUGAGAAAAUAUUCUCAUCCAUGGAGGAACGUGACCUCAUAUCGUGGAACUCACUUCUUACAGGGUGUGCACAUCAUGGUUAUGGUGGGGAUGUGAUUGUAAUGUUUGAAGAAAUGAGGAGAUGUGGUAUUAAACCAGAUCUAACCACAUUCCUGGCUGUGCUUUCGGCAUGUAGACAUGCUGGCCUGCUCGAGGAAGGGCUUAAAUAUUUUGAUCUUAUGAAAAAUGACAAUUCUCUACCACCACCUAAACUAGAGCAUUAUGCUUGCAUAGUCGACCUGUAUGGCCGUGCUGGUCAUCUACAUGAAGCAGAGGCCUUCGUCAACAACAUGCCAGUAGAGCCAGGACCUUCGGUUUAUAAAAGUCUACUUAAUGCUUGUCAACUUCACAGUAAUAAGGGACUCGCUGUGAUUUCUGCGAAGAAGCUUGUUGAACUUUGCCCUAAUGAUCCUGUAACGUACGUAUUGCUAGCAAAUGUGCUAGCAUUGGGAGGGAAUUGGAAUGGUGCAGAGGGACAGCGCAAGCUUAUGUCGGAUAGAGGAUUGAGUAAGGUACCUGGUUAUAGCUGGCUAUAAUUCACAAUAGGGUAGUACUGUUACCAACUGACAUGGUUCGAACUCUGCCGCAAACAAAAGCCUGGUAUUUAAGUGGACAAAGAUAAAGGGCCGGGCCUUUUAUCCAUGGAGUUUCUAAUUGUGCACUAUUGGCUCUAAGAGAUUUCUCGAUUAUCCUUUCUCAUUGACAUAACAUGGAACUAUGACAAGUGAAGUCUUUAAGUCUCAACAAUUUUAGUAGGCUACUAAAAUUGGAACCAAUCUGUACAAUACUAGACUCUCAUUUUGAAUUCUGUAGGUACACACUGAUUAGGCUGACAAUGAGAGAAAAGGGUGGGUUUCCCAUACCAAGUGCUUUAACUUGUCUUGGGUAAGGUAUGUAUACGCUCUAUCCUUCCCACUCUACAUGUGGGAUUACAUAGGUGAUGUUGUUGUUGUACUUUAAUUGGUUUAAGCACAACCAUUCCCUCAAUAUAUAGAUGAACCUGACCUUUCUUGAUCUAA